AUGUCGAUGAUGUUCGAAAAUGACCAAGGCGGCAUAUCUUCUGCAGUUGGGAAUCCAAUGGAGGCAAUGGGCGGUGGGGAUGCCCACAUGGCAGACAUGCUGGAUCAGGGUGGAGAUAUGAUGGACGGCUUGGAUGACAUGCUUCCUAUGAACAUCGACAUGCGACUCAACAAUGCUCCGGAUGCCCAAACCUACGGCGCAAACGAAGCGCAAAUGGACCCACAGCAGCAGCUUGUCAAUGAGGCCAAUGAGGAUUCUACAAUCGCCAAUGGCAUAAUGACUGGAGCUGGUGCUGGUCCAUUACCGACAGGUUUUGGCACUCAGACCAAUGUCAAUGGCGGAAGUACGUUGACAGACUUCACCAAACGAAGAAACUGGUCUCAAAGGGUACUCGAAGAGCUCAAGGAUUUCCUUCACAUCCUCACCCCGGAUGGAAGGAUUCUCUAUGUCUCACCAUCGGCCGAGAGUUUGACAGGCUAUACUCACGAAGCGCUCAUUGGGAAAUUCAUUGUAGAGUUCAUCCACCAGGACGAUAGAGGGGUCUUUGUCCGCGAAUUCAACGAAUCAAUAGCUUCGGGGAACACUCUUCGAUUCUUCUAUCGCUUUAAGAAGGCUGAUGAAACGUACACGAUAUUUGAAUCACAUGGACACCCUCACCUGACAUCGGAUGCCGCAGCUUUUGGACCAAAUAAUGCAACUGGGUUUUGCCGAGGCUUCUUCAUGAUGGCGCGGCCAUAUCCACCCAAAAAUGCAAGCCUGCUUGACUCGUUUCUUGAGCACAAGAUCGAGAACGAGCGUUUGACAAAGCGAAUCGCUGAACUUCGCCGAGAGGAACAAGAAGAAAUUGAAGCACAGCAACGCCAUUACCAAAAGAAGCAGGAUGGUCACGGCAGUGUUACACCAUCUGACACCCAAAGAACCGAGAGCGAGACCCCAGGCUCGGUCUCAAUGACAUCCGUGCAAUCGAAUGGCUACAACGGCAUGCCUCCGCCAGCCAAACCUAGCGUCUCGAAUACUGCGCUCACCCAGCAGAAUCUUGACGAAGCAAACGCCCGCUCUAAGCCUGACAGCAUCAAUGAUAAGAUGGCCCGGUACGAAGGUGCCACUCACAUCGAAACAAUUGAGAUGCUCACAGGUUUACGCUAUCGAGAUGGGGAGCGGUCACAGGGCAUCAGUACGGGCGACGCAAGCCCAGCACUAAUUAGAGGCGACGCAGGUAUUGCCAUACCGGUCGAUAAGGACAAUCGCGGGGGUGACAAAAAGAAGAAGCUGAAAGUUGCUGACGAGUAUGUCUGUACUGACUGCGGGACUUUGGAUUCGCCGGAGUGGAGAAAAGGUCCGAAUGGGCCUAAAACUUUGUGCAAUGCGUGCGGGCUACGGUGGGCCAAGAAGGAAAAGAAAGAGCGUACUACCGUUCCCAGACCAAAUCCACCUGACGCUGUUUGA